CGCCGGAGUCAAAUGGAUUGAAACCAAUAAUUUUGGACGAUUAAACAAGAAAAUCAUUGUUGUUUUUGUUCAUACUGAUUGUGAAACAGUGGAAAAAUGGCGCUGUAUGUGUUGUACGAGCACGCCGCUGGGUUCGCGCUGUGCAGCGUGAAGGAGUUUGAAGAAAUUGGAAUGCUGUUGCCACAAGUAGAGGCAUCGGUAUUAGAUUUUGCUCGUUUCAAUUCCAUUGUUAAGUUGGUCGGUUUCCAUCCGUUCAAAACGGCUGUAGCCGCCCUGAACAAUGUAAAUGCCAUCUCGGAGGGGCUUCUGCCGGAAGAUUUGUCCAGCUUCUUAGAUAGCACGUUGCCGAAAUCGACCAGUAAGAAACCUGUAACUCUGGGGGUGUCGGAUGCAAAGCUGGGUGCAGCAAUUGUUGAGGCUCUGAGUGUGCAGUGCUCGCAUAUUGGUGUGGUGCCGGAAGUGCUACGAGGCAUCCGGUAUCAUUUCUCCGCUAUGGUGAAGGGCUUCACUGAUAAGUCAGCUGCCGUAGCUCAACUAGGUUUGGGCCAUAGUUAUUCACGAUGUAAGGUCAAGUUCAACGUGCACCGAUCCGAUAAUAUGAUCAUCCAAUCGAUCGCCUUACUUGAUCAGCUAGACAAGGACGUCAACACGUUCUCGAUGCGUAUCCGUGAGUGGUAUUCGUACCAUUUCCCAGAGCUGGUGAAGAUCGUACCCGAUAACUACAUGUUUGCCAAGGUGGCUCACUUUAUCAAAGAUCGCAAAUCAUUGUCGGAUGAAAGCCUCGAGGCGCUAGAAGAGGUCGUGAUGGAUUCGGAGAAAGCGAAGGCGAUUGUUGACGCUUCAAAAAUGUCGAUGGGAAUGGAUAUCUCCGUGAUUGACCUGCUCAACAUUGAAAUGUUUGCCAAACGAGUAAUCAAACUGUCGGAUUACCGACAGCAGCUAGCUGGUUAUCUGCACUCAAAGAUGAACAAUGUGGCACCGAAUUUGCAGGCGCUGAUCGGUGAUCAAGUCGGUGCUCGGUUGAUCUCGAAAGCGGGCAGUUUAACGAAUCUGGCUAAAUUUCCCGCCUCGACGGUACAAAUUUUGGGCGCGGAAAAGGCUCUCUUUAGAGCGCUCAAGACAAAAAGCAACACACCCAAGUACGGGCUGUUGUUCAAUUCUUCCUUCAUUGGCCGUUCGACCCAGAAGAAUAAGGGGCGCAUUUCUCGGUUCCUCGCUAAUAAAUGUACGAUUGCUUCGCGCAUAGAUUGCUUCUCCGAGACACCUUCGACCGUGUUUGGUGAGGCUCUUAAGCAGCAGGUCGAGGAUCGGUUGAAGUUCUACGAAUGCGGUGAAACUCCACGCAAAAACUUGGACGUCAUGAAGGAGGCAAUGGAGCUUGCUCAAGAGCAACUAGCAACAGCUUCGAAGACAAAGAAGAAGAACAAGCGGAAGCUUGAUGAGUCAAACGGAGACGGAAGUGCGGCGAUGAACGGAACUGGUCAGCAAUCGGCAAAGAAGAAAAAAAAGGCGAAACUCAACGAAACGAACGGCGAUAAUGCCGACGAUUCGGUCAUGAAUGGCUCCUCUGCAAGUGGCUUCGACACCAGUGCUGCUCUUGCGGACGUUUCAAAUGGAGAGCUGAAGAAAAAGAAAAAGAAGAAAAACAAAAAGCAAGAGACAGAGACCGAACCUUGAGCGCAUUCAAAACUAUUGAUGUAAGAUGAUUAGGAGUUGCAUAUAAGACUUUGACUUCUUAAGUAAUAGUGCAUAGCAGUUCACGUGCCCUAGAAGCCGAACAAUAUUUGCUAAUGUAUUUUGGUUUUUUUCUCUAAAAUUUUCUUUUUUCCACAUUAAUUUGUAUUCGGGUCUUCGUAACAUGUAACGAAAUAAAUAUACCCAAGAAACAAUAACGCAAAUUUUAUAUGCUUAUCGUCCAGGGAUGGCUAGAAAAUCAACAAUGAAUGUUGUAGUUCAACGCAUGGCAACGGGCAUUAAAA